AUGCUCGCCUGCAGGUGGGCACCAGCUUCCCAGGUGGGCCUCCCUUGCUCCUCGUCUCUCCGCAAUUGGAUUGCCGAUCUCGAGGCCCUCCCCCGCUCCCUCUCCUACCUGGGUCUCAGUUACCCCAGUGACCUGACCCGGUCCCUGUCUGCCUCUGCUCCUUUCCCCCUGCCAUGCCAGGCAUAUGUCGGGCAUAUGUCGGGCCUACGUGGGGUGGGACCCGCCCUCCCGUCUCAUCAUAGUCGCAUUCAGGCACCUGCACCUCGUCUCCGCAACUGGAUCGCCGAUCUCGAGGCCCUUCCCCGUUCCCUCUCAGUUACCCCGGGCACCUGCACCUCCUCCCUCCGCAACUGGAUCGCUGAUCUCGAGGCCCUCCCGCGCUCCCUCUCAGUUACCCCGUUUCGGACCCUCUCGUUUCCCUUCUUUCCUGCCAACAGGCAUAUUCCCCGCGCCCGCGUGCACCGCGGCUUCUACUCCGCUUACCACUUCACGCGCCUGCGCCCGGCGGUGGUUGGGGUGGUGCUGUUCCUCACGACGAUCCUUCCGAGUUCCUAUCGUGUGGCCUUCACGGGACACUCCCUGGGAGGCGCCCUCGCUACUCUCAGUGCUCUCGACCUGCAGGUGGGUGGCUGGGGUUUCCCUGGUAGAGAACGGUGGGUGGCUGGGGUCUCCCUGGUAGAGAACGGUGAGGUCUCCUACGACCUCCCAUCACCCGACAUUCGAGUCGUCACCUUUGGCUCGCCUCGAGUUUCUUACGACCUCCCAUCUCCCGCCAUUCGAGUCGUCACCUUUGGCUCGCCUCGAGUGGGCAACGCUGCAUUUGCCGCAUAUUUCCGUCAGAAGGUUCCUGGAAGCACCCGCGUGACCAACUGGAAGGACCUUGUGCCGCACUUGCCGCCCGCAACGAUCGGUUACCACCAUGUGGCCACUGAAGCCUGGAUAAUCCCAGACUCUGUGCACAAUGUCUCCUUCAGUUCUAGAGGAGGGGCAUCGAGCGGGGAGCGCGAUGCUGCUGGGGGGAUCCUCAUGCCAAACCAGCUGUUCCAACGCCGUUCGCUGCAACGCCGCGUGUUUCAACGCCGUUCGUUAGAACGUCAAUCGUUACAACGAGGAAAGUCGUUACACCGGCAGCUGUUGCAAGAUUCAACACAUUCGCUUGACGAAAUGGGCAGCCAGGCCAGACACCAAGGUAAUCUGACGUGGCACGUGCACCAGUGUGACGAGACAGGCGAAGACCCCUGCUGCAGCAGGUCGGUGGUGGGCGACAGUAUAGCCAACGACAUGAGGUAUCUGGGUGUGUUGUCCCAUGCUCUGGACUUAUCUUUGACUCCUAUCCGCCCCUCCUUCCUCAUUCCUUUCCAAAACCCCCUCCCUCUUCAAUUAUCUCUCCACCUGCCAGAUCGGUGGUCUGUGGUGGGCAACAGUAUAGCCAACCACCUGGAGUCUCUGGGGAUGCUGUGCUGUCUUAUGAUACAGCCUCCUCUCCAACAACCCCUCCCUCAAUCAUUCCCCCUCUCCUCCCCGCACCUGCCAGGUCUGUGGUCUGUGGUGGGCGACAGUAUAGCCAACCACCUGGAGCAGCUGGGAGUGCCGUCUUAUAAUACAGCCUCCUCUCCCACAACCCCUCCCUCAAUCAUUCCCCCUCUCCUCUCCCACCUGUCAGGUCGGUGGUCGGUGGUGGGUGACAGCAUUGCCAACCACCUGGAGCAGCUGGGAGUGCCGUCUUAUAAUACAGCCUCCUCUCCCACAACCCCUCCCUCAAUCAUUCCCCCUCUCCUCCCCCACCUCUCAGGUCGGUCCGUGGUGGGCGACAGCAUAGCCAACCACUUGGAGUACCUGGGAGUGCCAUGCUACAGCCCCCUCUCCCCCUCUUCACUCAGUUCCCUUUCCUUCCCCGCCCCUUCAAUCCUCUCACCAGGUCGGUAG